UCUUGCUGAGAUAGCGCACUCCUAGAACAAGACUGCCACAACUCAAAAUUCAUGAAUUUUGAGUUAUGACUACUUUUGGAUAGAGAAAAAUAAGCUCUUUUAAAUGCAAGAACGCCACAUUCAAUAUCAUUUUUCAUUUAGCCACUAUAGAGAUGUGUCUGUAUUGAAUUAUUUAAAUAUUGGUUAAUUUUCAAUGCAAGAGAGCCAUAUUUACUUUAUGGCAGUAUACUUAUUUUUAUUUAUCCAAAUUAUCACUGAAGUCAAAAUUCAAGACUGCCUUAUUUCGACUUGUGGCGUUCUUGCACUGAAUAAAAACUAAUUAUCGUGUAAUAUGUUGAGUGCAAAACAGCAAUAUUUAGAGUUGUGGCAGUAUUGCAUUUUAUAAUUUGUGAUAGUGCAGCCACAACACGAAUUAUGACUGUAUUGUAUUUAUAAAUAGAAUAGCUUUUCGUUUUGCGCCAAAUUCUCAUAUCGAUUAACAAUGGUUAUCAUUAUCAAUCAAUUUAAUAUCAUUAUCAAUUGGCUUAUAAUAAUUAUUAUCAGUAUGUUUUUUAACUAGUAAGUACCAUACAUGGAUACGCUUUUAUUAUUUCAAGUUCUAAAAAUUAAAAUCAUUAUUAUUAUUGUUAUUAAUAUUGUGUGUUUAGUAUUACCUAAAGUCUUAAAAUGUCAAGAUUCACUAGAAGCUCCAAAAUGUUAAAUCUAGUACUAGUAAAUAAAUUACAGAAUAAUAUUAAUAUGUCGUCUACUGUUAACACAGAAAAUCUUACCCAGGAUAUUAAUUAUGACAAUACUAUAGAAACAGUAACAUCUAUUAAUGACGAAGAAGUUGAUAUUACAAAUAAAGUAAUAGGCUGGUUAAAUGAUACACCUUCAGUGAGACCUGAAUAUGAGAACUUUGAUUUAACAUUAGAAACCAUGAAUCAAAACGAAUCAAAUGAAUCUACACAACAUUUCAUUGAACUAGUUCCUAUGGAAAUUACUGAUUCUAGUGAAACUGAAGAUUUUGAUGAUAGUGUGAAAGACAAAGAUUGGAAAGAAGAGGUAAGCUCAGUAAUAUCAUCAGAAAGUUCUGAUGAACAAGGUAUCAUAAAUGAAAUUAUCAAUGAAGUCUGUGAAUCAGCUAUAAUAUCAUUUCACAUUGAAACACAAGAGAAUAUUAUUCCAAUUAAUAAAAACAGUAAAAAGAGAUUAAAAAAUAUAAAACAGUGGAGUAGAAAUGUAAAAAAAACAAAACUAAAUUUAGGCGAGGCUUAUAUAAAUAAUAGUGGCAAACAAGUUAAUGAAAAGCAGUUAUUACCCCCUUGUGAUGCUGAUAAAUGCAAAUUUAAAUGUGCCACACUAUUCACACUAGCUGAGCGUUCAAAUGUAUUAAAUAUGUUCUGGAGAAUGGGAGAUAUAACUGCAAGGAGGGCUUUCAUAAUUAAGUAUACAUCACUAGUGACACCUAAAUAUAAAUAUAUUAAAGAAGGAAGCAAAAGGCUAUCAAACAAUGCAUUUUUCCUUCCAUUAGAUGAUGUUAGUAAAAGGGUAUGCAAAAAAAUGUUUAUGGCCACAUUAUGUAUAAGUGAUAAAUUCAUAAGAACUACUAUAAAAAAAUCAGCUGGUAGCAAUUUUACACUAAAUGACCUUAGAGGGAAACAUCAUAAUCAUAGAUCAUUAGAUCUUGAACUUGUAGCUGGAAUACAAAAUCAUAUUAACAGUUUUCCUAGAAUUGAAUCCCAUUACUUACGAAAUCAAACUUCUAGAGAGUUUAUAGAUGGUUCAUUGACUCUAUCAAGUAUGCAUAAUUUAUAUAUUAAAGAAUGUGAGGAAAAAAAUAUAUCACCAGUCAAACUUUCAACUUAUUCACAUGUGUUCAACACAAAGUUUAACAUAGGAUUCUAUGUACCCAAAAAAGACCAGUGUGGUUUGUGUGAAAAGUACAAUAAUAGUUCUGAUAUUGAAAAACAAAAUUUACAAGAUGAGCUUGAAGCACAUAAAAAUGAAACUAAAUUAUCAAGGUUUGAAAAAGAAAAAGAUAAGAAGCUGGCUAAGGAAAAUACUGAAAAGUAUAUGGUGUCUUGUUAUGAUUUGCAAAGUGUUCUAACUACUCCAGCUGCAAAAGUAUCAAACUUUUAUUAUGCUAGAAAAUUUGCCACCUACAAUUUAACUGUAUAUAGUUUGGGCGAAAAUGAAGCCAAUUGUUUUGUUUGGAACGAAGAUCAAGGUAAAAGAGGUGCCAAUGAAAUAUCUACUUGCAUUUACAAAUAUCUUAUACAGAAUUGUCUUCAGAAAGAUACUAUUUUUUAUUCAGAUAACUGUUCAGGUCAGCAAAAAAAUAAAUUCAUGAUUAGUUUGUACUUGUAUGCUAUUAACUAUCUAGAUAUUCCUUCUAUUACCCACAAAUUUUUGAUAGUCGGACACACACAAAAUGAAGGGGAUUCAGUACACUCUACAAUUGAAAAACAAAAAAAUAGGCUACUUAGAGGAGGGUCAAUUUUUUCUCCCCUACAAUGGCCUACAGUCAUCCAAUCAGCAAAAAAAACUGGAAAACCAUUUAAAUUAAACGAGCUUACACACACAGAUUUUAUAGAUUUUAAGCAAUUGAGUAAGGAUAUUGGUAAUAAUUUUAAUAAAAACACUACAGGUCAAACAGUUUUAUGGAGAGAUAUUAAAAUUAUUAAAGUAACAAAAGAAUUCCCAGACAGAUUCUUUUAUAAAACAACUUAUGGAGAAGCAGAUUUUAAAGAAAUUAUAGUUUUAAAGAAAACUAGAAAUUCAAAAAUAAAAUCAUCAAACAUCAACUUGAAAUUUGCAUUUUCUGAAGAGCCUGGAAUCACACAGAUUAAAAAAAAAGACUUAAUUUCAUUGUGUGAAGCAAUACUUAUUCCAGAUACUUACCAUAGUUUUUAUAAGAACUUAAAAGUGUCUGAAAUUAAUAAUACUAAUAACAACGAAGAAAGUGAUUAAUUUAUAAAAUUAUAAAUUAUAUUUUUUAUUUUAAUUUAUAACAUUAUACUCAU